CCCAGAAUGGGGAACAGGAACGGAAGGGGAAGGGACCCUGGAGAGCCAUAGCUGCAGAGAAGAUGGGAUGGAGAGAACGGAAUCCGCAUCAAAGUCUAAAACCCUGGUGUAACCGAAGCAGAAACUGCCUCGAGGUAGAUGCGGACUAGAUCGGGGCUUGUCUUCGUUGCCCUUGGGCCAAAAAAGCCCCGCCGCCUAGCAGAAUGUCAUCAAACGCGUAAAACCAAAUGCAAAGGGCGAGGAAGGAAACCGAUUAUACUGAAAUGCAGUUGUCCAAAAACAAGUGUGCGGACCCGGGUUCGGAACCCCUGGGCUAGACUGUCGGAGGUGGGAGGUCAAGUUGCAGCUUCACCUUCUGGUCUGGAAUCCAGGUGCAGCGGGCCGGUCUCCCGUUCCAGCUUGCAGUCAUGAAGCUGACAGUGAUGUUGCUGGCCCUGGUGGUCCAAGUGUUCUCUCUGGAAAAUGGGCUGAUGCGGACACCCCCCAUGGGCUGGCUGGCCUGGGAACGGUACCGUUGUAACACUGAUUGUGAGGAAGACCCUGACAACUGUAUCAGUGAGCGCCUGUUCAUGGAUAUGGCUGACCGCCUGGUAGAGGAUGGCUGGAGGGACCUGGGCUACAACUACAUCAACAUCGAUGACUGCUGGAUGAUGUUUGAGCGGGAUGAGCACGGGGUCCUGGUGGCUGACCCUGAGAGAUUCCCACACGGCAUCAAGUACCUGGCAGACUAUGUUCAUGCCCGGGGCUUGAAGCUGGGCAUCUAUGAAGACAUAGGGAACAAGACGUGUAUGGGUUACCCAGGCACCAUGCUGGACAAGGUGGCCCUGGACGCCCAAACCUUUGCCAACUGGAGCGUGGACAUGCUGAAGCUGGACGGGUGCUACUCUAGUGCUGAGGACCGUGCUCAGGGGUACCCUGAUAUGGCAAAAGCCCUGAAUGCCACAGGCCGCCCCAUCGCCUACUCCUGCAGCUGGCCAGCCUAUGACGGGGGCCUCCCUCCUGAGGUGAACUACACCCUCCUGAUGGACAUCUGCAACCUCUGGCGCAACUAUGAUGACAUCGAGGACUCAUGGCAGAGCGUCCUCUCUAUCGUGGACUGGUUCACAAAGCACCAGGAUGUGCUGCAGUCUGUGGCGGGCCCCGGCCAUUGGAAUGACCCAGACAUGCUGCUCAUUGGGAACUACGGCCUGAGCUUUGAGCAGGCCAAGGCUCAGAUGGCCCUCUGGACAAUCUUUGCGGCCCCUCUCUUCAUGUCCACGGACCUUCGCACCAUCUCGGCCCAGAAUGUGGACAUUCUGCAGAACAAGCUCAUGAUUAAGAUUAACCAGGAUCCCCUGGGUGUCCAGGGGCGCAGAGUCCUCCAGACCAAAGACAAGAUCGAGGUGUUCGUGCGCCCGCUGUCCCAGAAAGCCAACGCCAUCGUCUUCUUCAGCCGCAGGACGGACAUGCCCUACCGCUAUAAGACCACGCUCAGAUCUCUCAACUUCACAGACUCCCUGUUGUAUGAGGCCCAGGACGUCUAUACUGGAAACAUCAUCAGCGGCCUCGUGGCAGACACCAAGUUCACGGUGGUUGUCAACCCAUCAGGCGUCGUCAUGUGGUACCUGUACCCUAUCUCGGCCCUGGAGAACCCUCUGGCCAGAAAGAAGUUCCUCUCAUUGUGAAACCUCAUUGGAUUCCAACGUUCAGCCUCCUGUCAGGACUCAGGAAGGGGACAACGGGGUGGCUCCGCCAGGCAUCAUCAGGGCUCGGCCAGCCCCUACCAGCUGGAGCCAGAAUGCCUUAGGACUCUCAGUGUGCCUCAGGAGUGUUCACACUCUGUUCCUCCCUCCUCUGCUCCCAGCCCAACCACUGCCUGGACUUGGGGCAACCCCAGGGGCCUGGGCCCAGGCCCUGGCUCUCCAGCUGGGCUUGGCAAUCUUUCCUGGGUCUGAAAGCUGGCCCUGGAGCUCUCAGCAGGAACUCUGGUGAUUGACUGACUUCAUGUGUAUCUGCCUCCUUUCUAGGCACAGGGGGAAGGAUGGAGGGGAGCAAGGAAGACAGAGUUUUCGCAGCUCUGCCCCGACCCUCUCCUGGCCGCUCCCAGACCCUAAUAAAGCUAAUCCUGAAGACAA